UAGUUUAGCAAUUUAGUCCAAAUGGAGCAUGAUGGUAGCAGUCAGAAGGAAAAUAGAAAUGUAUUGGUUCCAGCUAUGCAGAAUGGUUUUCUCAACCUGUUACGAAGGAUAUGUCAAUGUAUCAUAGAUAACCCUACCGAAGAGGUGAAGGAGCUGUGUGGAUUGGCAGGUCCCUUGAUUCUGUCACAACUGCUUUGUUUUUCUAUAAACAUUGUCAGCUCCAUAUUCUGUGGUCACCUGGGAAAAGAGGAAUUAGAUGCAGUGACUCUUGCAAAUGCAGUUAUUUCUGUGACUGGGCUCUCUGUGGGACUAGGAUUGUCUUCAGCAUGUGACACAAUCAUAUCACAGAUAUUUGGGGGCACAAACUUGAAGCUAAUUGGCAUUGUGAUGCAACGAGCAAUCCUUAUCCUGCUGCUGGCUUGUUUUCCAUGCUGGGCAUUAUUUCUAAACACAGAAAAUAUUCUAUUAUUUUUCAGACAGGACCCCAAGGUAGCCCGAUUGGCAGAAGACUAUGUUCUUGUUUUUAUCCCUGCUCUCCCUGCUGCAUUUAUUUACCAACUGGAAGCACGAUACUUACAAAAUCAGGGUAUAGUCAAAACUCAGAUCAUUGCCAGCAUUUUAGCGAACAUCAUAAACGUCAUGGUGAACUACGUAUUCCUGUUUGUACUGGGGUUUGGAGUUAUAGGAUCAGCUUGGGCCAACACCAUUGCUCAAUUCUCACAAGCUCUGCUACUGUUCCUAUAUAUUCGUGUGAAGAAGCUUCAUGUAAAAACUUGGGGAGGAUGGUCCAUGGAAUGCUUACAAGACUGGAACUCCUUUGUAGCAUUAGCUGUGCCUAGUAUGUUAAUGGUAUGCAUUGAAUGGUGGACCUAUGAAAUUGGAAGCUUUCUUGUUGGCCUUGUUAGUGUGGUGGAGCUUGGAGCCCAAUCUGUCAUCUAUCAGGUUGUGAGCAUCGCAUAUAUGAUUCCCUUUGGCAUAAGUAUGGCCACCAGCGUCAGAGUGGGCAACGCACUGGGUGCUGGAAAUAUAGAACAAGCCAAAAGGUCUAUGAAAAUUGGUUUUCUGGUCACAGGUGUUUUCAUCAUUGUGGACAUAAUCCUGCUGGCCUCCUUAAAGAAUGUGUUUUCAUAUGUUUUUACCAGUGAUAGGGAGAUAGCUGGCCUUGUUUCUGAAGUUAUCCCUAUAUACAUCAUGUUCCACUUAUUUGAAUCUAUUGCUUGUGUUUCAGGUGGAGUACUCAGAGGCACUGGAAGGCAGAAAGUUGGUGCUAUUGUAUACACAAUUGGAUACUAUAUAAUUGGACUACCAUCUGCUGCUGCCUUAAUGUUUGCAGCCAAACUGGGUAUAAAAGGCCUGUGGAGUGGAAUGACCCUGUGUGGAAUCUCCCUGUCUGGUUUCUUUGCAGUCUACCUUCUAAGAAUAGAUUGGAAGAAUAUCUCACUUGAGGCCCAAGAACGAGCAGGAAUGAAUGCUAACGAAACAGUUUUCUCAGUGCAGCCGAGUACACAAGGCAGUAUCAAAUUAUCAGAGAUCUGUACUACAAGUCAACCAGGCCACAUGCCAUUCAAUGAAAGUGCAACACCAGCUGGCAAAAGCCUCCCAGUGGUGGAACUAAUAAUUCGUAGAGGUCUUACUCUAGCUGGAGGAGUUGUUGUGCUACUUACUGGAUUGCUGGUCAAACUUUGGAUACAAAGCGGAUAGAGUAACAUAAAUGGAUGACCAAAUUUGCAAUGUGUGGCUUACUCAAUGGUGUUCGCAUGUUCACAGUAUGUGAAAACAGAUCUUCAAAAACUUGAAAGAAUGUUCUAAAAAAAAACCAUAAACAAAUGAGAUACAUACAUAUUUCAAAAUGAAAAAUACAUUAAAUAAAAAUGAGAACAAGAUGG